CGUUGCCUUGGCGCUCGAGCUGUGAGAAUGCACUCUUCUCUUCUGGCUGAGCGCGAGACGCACAACGCUCAACAUAUCUCUCGUAAACUUUAUGGGAAAACACACACACACACACAAACUAAUUUAAGAGCAUAAAACGUUUUAAAAUAUAUAUUUUAAACAGAGUAUGACCACAGCUUGUGUUUCUUCAUGGAUCUAGUGGAGCUUUAUCAGCGCGACUUCCUGGAUAUGAUGCCCAUCAGCGGUCAUCAUCAAGCCUUCAUCAAGGCCGAGCCCGCGAGCCCCGCCUCCCUGAUGCAGCACAGUCCUGAAGGAUCGUCGUCGGACAGCUACGGCUCCGUAACGAGGGGUGACCGUGGGGGCGUGGCCUCACCAGGUUCAUAUCUUACCCCAGGGGCGGGGCUUAGGCCUGGUUCGGUUCCCGAGCUGCAGGUGAAGAGUGAGUUUGAAGGGAGCUCGGGGCCCAAGCGCCUGUGUUUGGUGUGUGGAGACGUCGCGUCUGGGUUUCAUUACGGCGUGGCGUCCUGCGAGGCCUGCAAAGCCUUCUUCAAACGCACUAUCCAAGGCAGUAUUGAAUACACGUGUCCAGCGAGCAGUGAGUGUGAGAUUACUAAGAGGAGGAGGAAAUCCUGUCAGGCCUGCCGCUUCACCAAGUGCAUCUCAGUGGGCAUGCUGCGAGAGGGUGUGCGCCUAGACAGAGUUCGAGGAGGCCGUCAGAAAUACAAACGCACCAUAAACUCAGACAACUCUUACCUCAACAUGCAGUUACCACAAACACACAAGAGAAUACGCACAGAGUCCUACAACAUCGAGAACAAGGUGGUGUCUCACCUGUUGGGGGCGGAGCCAGAGAAGGUGUACGCCAUGCCUGACCCCGCCCUCCCUGACGACGACAUCAAAGCUUUGACUACACUGUGUGAUCUCGCAGAUCGAGAACUGGUGCUUAACAUUGGCUGGGCCAAACACCUUCCAGGUUUCUCCAGUCUCUCUUUGCCAGACCAGAUGCGUCUCCUGCAGAGUGCAUGGAUGGAGAUCCUGAUCCUGCGUGUGGUCUUCCGGUCGCUGGACGCUCGGGACAGCCUGGUGUUCGCCGAGGACUACGUGAUGGAUGCCGAGCAGGCGAGGCGAACCGGUUUGCUCGAGCUCCACACGGCCAUACUGCAGCUCGUCAGGAAGUACAGAGCCAUGGGCCUCGAGAGGGAGGAGUUCGUCACGCUCAAGGCCAUUGCGCUCGCUAACUCAGACUCCAUGCACAUCGAGGACAUCGCGGCAGUCCAAAGGCUGCAGGACUGCGUGCACGAAGCGCUGCAGGACUACGAACAGCGUCGCCACGGUGAUGACCCGCGCAGGGCGGGCAAACUGAUCAUGACCCUCCCCCUGCUGCGCCAGACCUCGGCCAAGGCCGUGCAGUACUUCUGCAGCAUCAAGCAGGACGGCCGCGUGCCCAUGCACAAACUCUUCCUGGAGCUGCUGGAGGCCAACACCCAGCCCUCGCCCUGAUUGGACCACAGCUCUGAGCUGACAUCGCCCUCGCCGGAGCGCUUUACAAAGGCCACGGAGAAUGUAAACUAAAAGGUUGAUAGUAGAGGAACAGAAGAAGAUUGUAUAAAUGAUUGUAAACAUAAACGGAAUGAUUUAUCGAAGAAACCACACCUGAGACUUGAGACACCACGUUGCUGUCACUGCUGCGCUAAUUUAAGAUGACUUUUCUUUUUCUUUUUUUACACUGGUGCUUUAAUAUGAAGAGAACGAGACGAUGAUAGAUACGGGAUGUCGGACUUGCCAAAGAAAAGGGAACUCAUCUCUGACGAGGAAAGCUUUGACUUUUGAACCAGCAGGAAACUCAUCAAACAUGAAAAUACUGUCCACAAUAAAGACGUGUUAUUUAUGAGAAUGUAAUAAGUAUCGACAGGAGACGGGGCAGGUGUUGCUGCUAAUCAUUGUAUUUGUUGAUGGUUCAUGAUUGUGUUGUCGAAAUCGAUAUUGAAGAUCUUUUUUUUUUUCUGUGUUGCAAAUUUAAACCAGAUUCCAAGGUUGUACUGCUGAGCUAAAAUCUCUCCACCAAGCAUACAAAGAAAGGAAGUAAGGAAUUGUAGGAUGAUUUGAGCUCCCUUGCAAUAAUAGUUUCUGAGGAAGAGUUUAAAUAAAAACCCUAAUGUUU